AUGCUUCUUACAACAACAAGAAUAGGGACGUUUUGCCUUCUUCUCGCAUUGUUCUUUCCAUGGCUUCCUUUUCUGUUGUACUCGGAAGAUAUCAUCCCAUUUUCUUUGGAUCAGUUCGCUUUAAAACGCAAUGCCGCCAAUGAGACCUGGAACGUUGUCAUAACGGGCGCCAAUUCGGGGCUCGGAUGGGGUACCGCCUUUCACUUGGCAAAAAUACCAAAUCUUUGCAUAGUUAUGGCUUGCCGCAAUCUCUCGAGUUGCGAAGAAGCGAGGGCUCGGAUUCCCAUCAUUCAUCAUAAUUCUACGCGACUUGUCUGCGUCGAGCUGGACCUUGCGGACCGAGCAUCAAUAGAAGCUUUUAGCCACCGCAGAAUUCAACGGCUUUUCUCAAAUUCUAGCGCAGACUCGUUGUCGCCAAUUCAUGUGCUCAUCAAUAAUGCCGGUUUCUGGGCAUCAUCCGAAGAAGUGGAAUAUAUCGACAAUAUUGAGUCUCAUUUUUUUGUGAAUCAUCUUGGCCAUGUUUUGCUGACCCACUAUCUUUGGAAGCGCCUGGUAGCGGGGCGGGCUCGAGUAGUCGCAGUGUCUUCUCUUUCAGGUAUUUAUCCUGUGAGUCCGCUGUAUGGAUGGAGACGAAGCGACGAGAAUUCACGAGGUAGAUGGUGGUUAAAAUAUUCAAUUAUCCGGUACUUAUCCUCUAAGCAAGCCAUGAUCGAUCGAUACGUUAGGUCCAAGCGAGCCAAUUUGAUGUUCGCGGCAGAACUCGAUGAUCGUUUUCGCAAUACAGUAACUUCGGUUGGAUCUCAUCCUGGAUAUACGCAGACACCUAUUUUCCAAAAGGGUCUUAAAUUUCUACCGAAGUGGGUUGUUAAAGUUCUUUCAAAAAAGUCAAUUGUUAGCAUGGAGACACUAGAUGGGGCAAUGAUGCAGGUCCGAGCAGCAUUGGAUAACGAAAUUCAGUCCGGUAGCUAUGUUGGCCCAAGAUAUUGGACUUUUGGCGCAGCUGUUCUCGUUGGUCGUUUGAGAGGGAAAAGCUUGCACCAUUGGCAUUUUGCAAAAGCAGAGAGCAAAAUGCUUUGGGAAGAGAGUUUCAGUGUUUUGGGUAUCUCUGAUUUUGGCAAAUGA